AUGGCUGUACACGAUGGCUAUGAUGUGACCACAUCCACCUUCAUCCUGCAGGAGCAGCUGGGCAAGUAUCCUACAACCACUGGCACCAGGAGCUGUUCCUCCUGUUUGUCUACGCCCUACCUGCGGCUAGAGGCGCCGUCUCCGCCCCCAGAGCCCCGGGUAAACCCGGGCGUCCUGGAAAACCUCCGUUGGAGCGUGCGUCCCCAGUACCUGGCGGCGGCGGUGGUUUGGGACAAACCUAGCGGCGGGGAGAGGCGCUGGAGCGCAGCCCGGACCCAAGGCCACCUGCCCCCCGGGCCCGCGCCGCUGCCGCUGCUGGGGAACCUCCUGCAGCUCCAGCCGGGAGCUCUGUACUCCGGGCUCCUGCGGCUGAGUAAGGAGUACGGACCCGUGUUCACCGUGUACCUGGGACCUUGGCGGCGCGUGGUGGUCCUGGUUGGGCACAAGGCUGUGCAGGAGGCCCUGGGGGGUCAGGCCGAGGAGUUCAGCGGGCGGGGAACAUUGGCGACGCUGGACCCGACUUUUGAUGGACAUGGGGUUUUCUUCGCCAACGGGGAGCGGUGGAGGCAGCUGAGGAGGUUCACCACUCUUGCGCUGCGGGACCUGGGCAUGGGGAAGCAUGAAGGCCAGGAACUGAUCCAGGCGGAGGCCAGGUGUCUGGUGGAAGCAUUCCAGGGGACAGAAGGACGCCCAUUCGAUCCCUCCCUGCUGCUGGCCCAGGCCACCUCCAACGUAGUCUGCUCCCUCACCUUUGGCCUGCGCUUCCCCUAUGAGGACAAGGAGUUCCAGGCUGUGGUCCGGGCAGCUGGUGGUACCCUGCUGGGAGUCAGCUCCCGCUGGGGCCAGACCUACGAGAUGUUCUCCUGGCUCCUGCAGCCCCUGCCGAGCUCCCACCGCAAGCGGUUCCUUGACCACGUGAGCACCCUGGCUGCCUUUGCUGUCCAGCAGGUGCAGCGGCACAGGGGAAGCCUGGACACCUCGGACCCCGCACGUGACAUGGUCGAUGCCUUCCUGCUAAAGAUGGCACAGGAGGAACAAGACCCAGACACAGAAUUCACCGAGAAGAACUUGCUGAUGACGGUCAUUUAUCUGUUAUUUGCCGGAACGGUGACAGUCAGCUCCACGGUCCGCUAUGCCCUCCUGCUCCAACGUGUGCGUGAGGAGCUGACCCGGGAGCUGGGGCCUGGCCAGGCGCCAGGCCUAGGGGACCGCCCCCGCCUCCCUUACACAGACGCGGUUCUGCAUGAGGCACAGCGGCUGCUGGCGCUGGUGCCCAUGGGAGUGCCUCGCGCCCUCACGAAGACCACCUGCUUCCGAGGGUACACUCUGCCGCAGGGCACUGAGGUCUUUCCCCUUCUUGGCUCUGUCCUAAAUGAUCCUGAGGUCUUCGAGCAGCCAGAGGAGUUCAACCCAGGCCGCUUCCUGGAUGCAGAUGGAAAGUUCAAAAAGCAUGAGGCGUUCCUGCCCUUCUCCCUAGGUAAGCGCGUCUGCCUUGGGGAGGGCCUAGCGCGAGCCGAGCUCUUCCUUCUCUUCACCGCCAUCGUGCAGGCUUUCUCCCUGGAGAGCCCGUGCCCGCUGAGUGCCCUGAGCCUCCAGCCAGCCACCAGUGGCCUUUUCAACAUCCCGCCAGCCUUCCAGCUGCAGGUCCGGGCCCUCUGACCUCCACCCCACUGUAUGGACUCAAUGAAGGGGAAAGCCUUGAGCUGAUAGCUGCCCAGAACAGUGGCAUAGACAGGGUCACGUCUCAAGAGCUACACGUCCACACUGCAGGCAGCCAGCUACCUUCACGCAGGCAGUGUUUUCUAGAGUGCAUCACAGAUGCACAGCCCAUGUGCUCACUUGACCCACACAGCUGUGGAAACACAGCCACACACCCUAUACAGCCAAGAGGGCCACAUGGCAGCUGUUGUGCAAAUCUGCAGACCUGAAUGUCAUCUGCCUGGAAUCACAAAGCACAUGCCCAGAUAACCCACCAACCCAUACACCCUGUAACGCCACGGGACUCAGCCCACAUCAGAGUCUGGCUGCCACCUUCCCAGCUCACACUCCCUCUCCAUGAGGCACUCCUGUCAGUGCCGCUGCGUCGGUGCCUGGUGAGGACAGGAGCACACUGUCUCCUGGAUGGCAUCACAGUCUGGGGGGUUGUCCCUGUACACCACACCAACAUGGACUUACUGGUGUGGCUGCAAUGCUUGCCUGGCAUCCAGCCACCACCAGCCACGCACUUCCUCUGACCUACACAGCCAGCCCCGGAGGUACAGUCCCCAGCCACUCCACACCUGGAGCCUUCAAAGUCGCCACUUCCUAGCACCCUGAUCUGAAAAGUCUCCCAGAUACAAACAUGUCCCACCUGCAAUUGUGCACACAGACUCUAAAGGGGACAUGAAGGGGACCCUCAGACCAGAGGGACCGUCCACCCCCCACCCCCGCUGAUACGACCGUAUGAAAAGUGGCCCCUGCUCUCGUCUCCCCCGUCACACACACACACGUGCACACACUGACUACACUGACUAACAGCCCUACUUUAGGCCAGAGUCCUGGUUGCACUCAGCGGUAGGGACAGAAGCCCAAGCAGGGGCGUUUCCAAGCGUCAGUGUUGGGGAAGAGGUCAGAUCUGACAUCCUUUUGACUUGAAGAUCCCUAUUUUGCAAUAAAAGUUUCUUUCUGA